UUGAUUCCGGCGUGGACGCGUUGGCAGUGUUUAUGGCAAGCAGCAGUACGACGGACGUUGUGAACCGCAACAACCCUGCCACCCCACCGAACACCCUUAACCUGCGCUCCUCUCAUAACGAACUUCUGAAUGCGGAAAUUAGGCACACGGAGACUAAGAACAGCACUCCUCCGAAAUGCAGGAAAAAAUACGCGCUGACUAACAUUCAGACAGCCAUGGGUCUUUCCGAUCCAGCAGCGCAGCCCCUUCUGGGGAACAGCUCUGCCAAUAUAAAGCUGGUGAAGAAUGGAGAAAACCAGCUCAGGAAAGCCGCCGAGCAGGGACAGCAGGAUCCCAACAAAAACCUCAGUACCACUGCGGGCAUAAACGUAACUUCUGAGAAGUUUGAAGGCAAAGAGCCGAUCCCGCAGGAUUCCUCUGGCUGUGAAAUACUACCCUCGCAGCCCAGGAGGACCAAGAGCUUCCUGAAUUACUAUGAGGAUCUAGAGACAUCUGCUAGAGAGCUAGAGCAGAGUUUUGUUGCGAUGGAAGAUAAAUCUGCGCAAAGCAACAGCCAGGCUUCUACCAUUAUUGUCAAUGGGGAAGUCCUGCCCCGGAAACAAAACAAGCUGUCAAGCCCAGAGGAUGGCCAAGUUGCCACAGUGUCGUCAAGCCCCGAGACUAAGAAAGACCACCCAAAAACUGGGGCCAAAACAGAUUGCGCCCUCCAUAGGAUUCAAAACCUGGCCCCAAGCGAUGAGGACUCCAGCUGGACUACGCUGUCCCAGGACAGUGCCUCGCCGAGCUCGCCCGACGAAACAG